AGUUUAUCAGAACAUGAACUGGAAUGAAGCUCAGAGAUACUGCAGAGAACUUUAUACAGACUUGGCCAGCGUGAGGAACGAGACUGAGAACCAGAAGAUAAGAUCAAUGUUUAAUAAUACAGAUUAUUCAAGUUUUUGGAUCGGCCUGUACAGAACCAGAUCUUGGUCAGAUAAAAGCAACUCUUCAUUCAGUAACUGGAAACCUGGACAACCAGAUAAUUACAGACAGAAUGAAUCCUGUACUGCUGUGUCAUUUAAUGAUUCUGGGAAAUGGACAGAUGAAAACUGUGUAGAUACUUUUCCAUUCCUCUGUUACAGCACAAUGCCCUCAAACUCCUCUCAUCAGUAUCACUUUGUUAAUGAGAAUAAGACCUGGACUGAAGCACAGAGAUACUGCAGAGAGAAUUACACUGACCUGGCUACUAUUGAUAACAUGGAGGAUAUGAACACACUCCUUAACACAAUAAAUGGCAGCUACUCAGGUUUAGCCUGGAUUGGAAUGUAUGAUGACAGCUGGAGAUGGUCUCUGGAUGAUGAUGCUUUCUACCAGGAGGGAGAGAGAGACUUCAGAGGAUGGGAACAUCAACCUGAUAAUGAUGGAAAUGAGAUGUGUGUUUCCAUGGAGUAUGGAGGGUGGUGGUUUGACAGACCUUGUACUGACAGAAGAUCAUUUGUUUGCUAUAAUGGUAUAAACAACACAUAUGUAAUGAUUUAUGAUCAAAAGACUUGGGAAGAAGCUCAGAGCUUUUGCAGAGUGAAUUACACAGACCUGGCAAGUGUGAGAAAUCAGACCGAACUUCAGCAAAUAAUGAGCAUCGUGAACAGUUCUGAUGUAUGGAUAGGUUUGUAUAGAAACCGAUUAUGGUCAGAUCAGAGCAACUCAACCUUUACAUAUUGGACACCGGAGAGUCCAGAACCAACACCAGAACCUGAUAAUGGUUUGUAUUUACCUGGAAAAAGUAGAAAUCAACACUGUACAGCUGUGGAUCAUCUUGGCCGAUGGACAGAUGAAAACUGUUUCGCCAGAUUCCCUUUUAUCUGCUACAAUGCAUUCACUCCAGGUGCUUUGAUGGGACCGCAUAUGAAAAUCACUGCUAAUGAAAAUCUGUUAAACUCUCAAAUUAAAAGACUGAUGGAAGUGGUGAUGGAACUUCAGCAAGAAUUGAGCAAACUGGCAGACUUUCAAGCAACUGAAUGUGAGAAACAUCCGUAAGCUCGAUCCAUGAAGGAAAAAGUCUACAUUCACAAAUAUAACUGAGGGAAAUUCCAGGUUUUGUGGUGAUUUAUCUUUUAUUUACUUAUUUACUCAGCAAUCGUUCUUUUCCAGAGCAGUUGGAAAAUCUGUAGAGCUUUA